AAAUCUUUAUAUAAAUAGUUUUUUAUAUUUAUUUAUUUUUUUUUUUUUCUAAAAAAUAAAUACAAAAAAUUAUAUAUUUGUAUCACUAAAAAAAAAUAAUAUAUAUUUAGUAGCAAUAAUAUAUAUUUAAUUUUUUAUAACAUUAAUUAAUAUAAUAUUAUAUUUAUAAAUUAUAAAUAAUAAUAAUAAUAAUAAUAAAAAGGUUUUAAAUUUUGUUUAUUUGCAUUUUUUUAAUUUAUUCAUUCAAUUAAGCAAUAAAAUAAACUUUUACACUAUAUAGAAUAAUAAUAAAUAAACAUAUAUAUAUAUACAUAUAAAAAUGGCUCCUCCAGAAAUUAAUGAAGAGAUUGCCAUGGAUACCAUAUCCAACCAAUCAUCAUCACCAUUUGGUGCCAACACUAAGGGAAACUAUGAUGAUCAAGGUCCAAUGGGUUUAUACAGAGAAAAAAAAGGGAUGUAUGUCACUGCCAGAAAUUUAACAAUGACCGUUGGAACAGAAAAAGAUAAUAAUCAAAGAAAUAUUUUAUCCGAUUUAAAUUUCUUUUUAAAACCAGGUUCAAUGGUUUUAAUCCUUGGUUCACCAGGCUGUGGUAAAACCUCAGUCUUCAAAGCACUUUCACAACAAACUCACGACGAAAGAAUUUCAGGUAGUCUUUUAUUCAACGGUAAACUUGCUCACGAAGAUACACAUCACAGAGAUGUUUCAUAUGUUGUUCAAGAUGAUCAUCACAUGGCCCCAUUCACUGUUAGAGAAACUUUUAAAUUUAGUGCUGACCUUCAAAUGCCAGAGGGAUCAUCUGAAGAAGAAAAGAACGCAAGAGUAGAUUAUAUUUUAAAGACUUUAGAUCUCGAGAGACAACAAGAUACAGUAGUAGGUAAUGAAUUUUUAAGAGGUGUUUCUGGUGGUCAAAAGAAAAGAGUUACAAUUGGUGUCGAGUUAGUUAAAGAUGCAGGUUUGGUUCUUAUGGAUGAACCAACUACCGGUUUAGAUAGUACAACUUCAUUAGAUUUAAUGAAACAUUUUAGAGAAUUAUCAAAUAGAAACAAUGUUGCAACUAUGGUUGCUUUAUUACAACCAGGUGUUGAACUUACUAAAUUAUUUGACUUUUUAAUGGUUUUAAAUCAAGGUCAUAUGGUUUAUUUUGGUCCAAUGAGUGAUGCUAUUGGUUAUUUUGAAUCAUUAGGUUUCAAAUUACCACUUCACCACAAUCCAGCCGAAUUUUUCCAAGAAAUUGUUGAUGAACCAGAAUUAUAUUGGGGUGGUGAAGGUGAACCAACUUUUAGAGGUGCUGAAGAUUUUGCUGAAGCUUAUAAAAACUCCGAAAUGUUCCAAUCGAUCAUUAACGAUCUCGAUGGUCAACAACCAGAUUAUUCACAAUGUAAAGAUAGUUCACAUUUAGCCAAGUAUCCAACCGAAUUAAAUUAUCAAGUUCACUUAGCAAGUAUUAGAGCCUUCAAAAUGUUAAUUUCAAAUCCAGUUGCUGUUCGUAUGAGAAUUAUGAAAUCAAUUGUUAUGGGUCUUAUUUUGGGUUCAUUGUUUUGGAAUUUGGCACCAAAUCAAACAGAUGGUCAAAACAGAUCUGGUUUAAUUUUCUUUGCUCUUUUAUUCAUUCUCUUCUCUGGUAUGGGUGCUAUUGCUAUUCUUUUCGAACAAAGAGAAGUUUUCUACGUUCAAAAAGAUGGUAAAUAUUAUCGUACUAUGGCUUUCUUCCUUUCAUUAAUUUUUGCUGAAAUUCCAAUUGCUGCUCUCGAAACUGUUGUGUUUACUGUGCUGGUCUACUGGAUGUGUGGUCUUCAAGCGAAUGCCGAAAAAUUCAUUUAUUUCCUUUUAAUGAAUUUUGUAGGUGAUCUUGCAUUCCAAUCUUUCUUUAAGAUGGUAUCUGCUUUCUCACCAAAUCAAACCAUUGCUUCAGUAAUUGCUCCAGCUGCUCUUUCCCCAUUCAUUUUAUUCGCUGGUUUCAUGGCUCCUCGUAAAUCAAUUGGUGGUUGGUGGAUUUGGAUCUAUUGGAUCUCACCAAUUAAAUAUGCUUUCGAAGGUUUAAUGUCAAAUGAACAUCAUGGUCUUAAAUAUCACUGUGAAUCAUCAGAAUUACAACCACCAUUCCCAGAAUUCUUUGGUGGAAAUGUCACUCAAAUCUGUCCAAUCGAAAACGGUGAUCAAUUCCUUGACCAACUUGGUAUGCCACAAAACAAUUGGUUCAAAUGGAUCGAUUUAGUAAUUGUAUUUGCUUUUGGUGUAAUCUUUUCAAUUUUAAUGUAUUUCUUCCUCAAAAAUAUUCACUAUGAUCACAGAGCUUCAGAUCCAAAGAAUGAUAAGAAAUUAAAGAAAAAGAGUGUUAAAAAGAAUAAGAUCAAGGAAUCAAAAGUUGAAAUUGUUGAAAAGAAAGCUAAAUCACAAAAAGAAGUCCCAAUUGGUUGUUACAUGCAAUGGAAAGAUCUUAUUUAUGAAGUUGAUAUCAAGAAAGAUGGUAAAAAGCAAAGAUUAAGAUUAUUAAAUGAAAUCAAUGGUUAUGUUAAACCAGGUAUGCUUUUAGCUUUAAUGGGUCCAUCAGGUGCUGGUAAAUCAACUCUUUUAGAUGUAUUAGCAAACAGAAAGACUGGUGGUCAUACUAAAGGUGAAAUUUUAAUUAAUGGUCAAAAACGUGAUAAAUACUUCACUCGUUUAAAUGGUUAUGUAGAACAAUUAGAUGUUUUACCACCAACUCAAACUGUCCGUGAAGCAAUUACCUUCAGUGCUAAACUUCGUCUCCCAGCCGAUAUGCCAAUGGAUGAAAAAAUCAAAUUUGUCGAAAAUAUUCUUGAAACUCUCAAUCUUAUCAAGAUCCAAAACAAACCAAUUGGUCAUGGUGAAGAAGGUCUUUCAUUAUCUCAAAGAAAACGUGUUAACAUUGGUAUUGAAUUAGCAUCCGAUCCACAAUUAUUAUUCCUUGAUGAGCCAACAUCUGGUCUCGAUUCAUCAUCCGCUCUUAAAGUAAUGAAUUUAAUUAAGAAGAUUGCCGAAAGUGGUCGUUCCAUCAUCUGUACUAUUCAUCAACCAUCAACUUCAAUUUUCAAGAAAUUCGAUCAUUUACUUUUAUUAAAGAGAGGUGGUGAAACUGUAUACUUUGGUCCAACUGGUGAAAUGAGUGUUGAUGUACUCAACUACUUUGAAGGUCACGGUCUUGUUUGUGAUCCACUCAAAAAUCCAGCCGAUUUUAUUUUAGAUGUUACCGACGAAGUUAUUGACACUACUCUUAACGGUGAACCAUAUCAAUUCCACCCAGUCCAAAAAUUCAAAGAAUCAUCAUUAAAUACCAAUUUAUUAGCUAAAAUUAAUGAAGGUGUUAUGCCAUCAGGUACUCCAGUCCCAGAAUUCCACGGUAUAUACUCUUCAACCUAUGGUACUCAAUUUAAAGAACUUAUGGUUAGAGCUUGGUUGGCCCAAACCCGUAGAGUACAAAAUAUUCGUACUCGUUUAAUGCGUUCACUCUUUUUAGGUGUUAUCUUAGGUACUCUUUUCGUUAGAAUGUCAACUAACCAAGAGAACAUUUAUAAUCGUGUUUCAAUUCUUUUCUUUAGUUUAAUGUUUGGUGGUAUGUCUGGUAUGUCAUCUAUCCCAGUUGUAAAUAUGGAAAGAGGUGUUUUCUAUCGUGAACAAUCAUCCGGUAUGUACUCCAUUCCAAUUUACCUCGUUACCUUUGUUACUGCCGAUCUUCCAUGGAAUUUCCUUUCAGCUAUUAUUUAUGCCAUCCCAUGUUACUUUAUCUCUGGUCUUAGAACCGAUCCAAAUGGUGCUCCAUUCUUUUAUUUCUGCUUUGUUCUAUUCACAACCUACUUAAACUUUGCAUUAUUAGCUAUUGUCUUUGCCUGUGUUUUACCAACUGAUGAAAUUGCUCAUGCUCUUGGUGGUGUUGCUCUUUCAAUUAGUUCUUUAUUCGCUGGUUUCAUGAUUCCACCAGGAAGUAUUGCCAAAGGAUGGCAUUGGUUCUAUGAUUUGGAUCCAACCACUUAUCCACUUGCAAUUGUUAUGGUCAACGAAUUCCGUGACCUCGAAUUCCAUUGCGAUAAUGACGAAUAUGUCCAAGUCCCAUACAACUAUACCCGUCUUAACGAACUUGGUGACUACUCUCAAGGUAAUGCAACUGAAUGUUACAAUACCGUAGCCUAUCCAAAUGCAGAAUGUAAAACUCGUGCUUAUUGUCAAGUUACUAAUGGUAAUCUUAUUCUCGACCGUUACGAAAUGAAAGAAGAAAAUAUGUACAAAUUCUUAUCAGUAAUCUUUGGUUAUGCUGUAUUCUUCCUCAUUUGUCUUUUCAUUGCUUUAAGAUUCAUUAGACAUCAAACAAAAUAAAAUAUUUAAUAAAAGUUCGAUUUAAUAUGUAUAAUUUAAUUU